GAAAAUGCUGCCGCCGCACAGCUCGCUCGUCAAGUACGACAGCCCGAUCUUGAUCAGCACGACCAAGGACAAGAAGGGCGGCCAUUCUGGGAAGAAAGGAAAGACCGCCAAGGGAGCCACCGCCGAGUCGCAUGUGUCGACCCCGACCAAACAAGCGUCGGGCGGGAUUCCAUCGAUUGCAAACGCGAGCUCGAGCCAAACCGAAGAUAUCCUCAACUCGAUUUUACCUCCCAAGGAAUGGACAGAGGAUGGCCAGCUGUGGGUCCAGUACGUGAGCAGCACGCCCGCGACUCGGCUGGACGUGAUCAACCUUCAGGAGCAACUCGACAUGCGCCUCCAGCAAAAGCAAGCGCGCGAGACGGGGAUUUGUCCUGUGCGCGAAGAGCUAUACGCGCAGUGCUUUGACGAGUUGAUCCGUCAAAUUACAAUCAACUGCGCCGAACGCGGGCUCUUGCUGCUUCGAGUGCGCGUCGAAAUACGCAUGACGAUUGCUGCGUACCAGACGCUGUACGAAAGCAGCAUUGCAUUCGGGAUGCGGAAGGCGCUCAUGGCGGAGCAGAAGAAGCUCGACGCCGAGCAAAAGCUCAAGCAGCUCGAGACGGACCGGAACGAGCUCAUCGCGCAGGUCGAAGAGCUUAAACUGCGCUGCGAUGCGAUUCAAAAACGCGAAGAAGAGAAGCGCUUGUCGGAUGAGAAGAAGCACAACGAUGAAGUCGACAUCCUCAAAAAGGCCAACGACCAGCUCAAGGCCAACCUCGAGAGCCUCCUCUCCGCGCCAAAGUAGAGCGACUCGUGCGAUAAACUACGACAUGUAUAACACGGCGUCGUUGGCGAGCGCCAGCAGCGCGUCGGCCGCCUCAACAACGCGACCCUCCUUUGUCCGGAG